GAAGCAGACUCAAUCUUCUUUCCCAAAACAUCACUUCCAGCUUUCACAGCGAAGAUCCUCCAAACAUGCAUUUCAUCAACGGCCACGCGAUUCUGCUGACCACCUUCUUUCUCAAACAGAGCAUUCUGGCAGCACCAACUGGAGAUCCUCUCCUUGGUUACAACCCUUCAAACGUUGUCAUCAACCAAAAUACCGACAAUGUCGACUAUGAACUUGCACCAGGACAAACAGAUCCAGCAACUGUAGGUGCCUAUCUGGAUUUCAGCAAAAUUGAGAACCCUCAACCAAUGCGCGGCUCCAAAGGUGGUACCGACCCAGGCCCAAGAACUUCAGCAUACGAUAUUCUUAACCCCGAUAAACUUGCACCUCCAGGCACCGACCACGGAAGCGUAAGCAAUGCACAAUGGCCCUUGGGGCUCAGCCAUGCGAAACUAGGACUCGAUCAUGGAGGAUGGUCGAGACAGCAAAAUAUUGACAAUAUACCUGCUGCCACAGAAAUGGCAGGCGUAGAUAUGCGUUUGGAAGAGGGCGCUUACCGUGAAUUGCAUUGGCAUAAAGCGGCAGAGUGGGCUUAUAUCUUCAAUGGAAGUGUGAGACUUCAAGCUGUUAAUGAUGAAGGUCAGACUUUUGUUGAUGAUUUGAGUGCGGGUGAUGUUUGGUAUUUUCCUCCGUAAGUGAUCCAAGCCACCGCGCGCUCUAAAUCAUGAUAUGCUCGCUUGAGGGGUGUUAUUCCUUGGCGUGCUAUUCCAGCUUGUGAUUUUACUGACGAACAUUAUUUCAGAGGUGUGCCGCACUCUCUGCAAGGAUUGAAAGGUGGAGUAGAAUUUCUCUUGGUUUUUGAUGACGGAAGUUUCUCCGAAGACAAUACCUUCUUGGCUUCCGAAGUCUUUGCACAUAAUCCAGUAAGAUAACCCCUGUGGAACCCAUGAUAUCAAGAGCUAAUUACCACUAAGAUUGAAGUCCUUUCCAAGAAUUUCCAACUUCCCAAAUCCGCCUGGUCCGACAUCCCUUCAGGAGAACUCUUUAUUUUCCCCGGCACAAAAGCCCCCACCGAUAUAGCCGAACAGAACAUCACCGGUUCGGCUGGUCUUGUACCUAAAGAAUUCUCCUACUCUUAUCAUCUCUCCCAAGCCCCUCUGACGCACGAUACUCCCGGCGGAACCAUAAAGAUUCUCGAUCCAAAAUCCUUCCCGCUCGCAGCCCAAUUUUCUGCCGCAGUCGUAACUUUGCAUCCUGGAGCUAUGCGCGAAAUCCACUGGCACACCACUAGCGAUGAAUGGAACUUUUUCAUAUCUGGCAGUGCGAGAAUUAGUAUAUAUGCAGCCCAAGGAUUAGCAAGAACAUUCGACUAUCGUGCGGGUGAUUGUGGAUAUAUCCCCAAAGGAAUGACGCAUUAUGUUGAGAACACUGGGAAUGAUGACGUGGUAUUUAUUGAAGUUUUGCAAGCGGACCAUUUCUCGGAUAUUUCGGUCGGCCAGUGGGUUGGUUUGACGCCCAAGCAGAUUGUAGCUGAUACGCUAAAUUUAUCCAACGAGACAGUGUCGGCUUUCAAGAAGGAGAAGCAAUAUAUUGUGACAGGCGAUGUGGCGGAGUGAAUAGGCUCACAGGAUUCUGGGUGGAAAUGUCUUUCGUUUUUCUGUUUAGUGCGCUUAGGUUCUUCUUUCGCUCAAUUUUGGUUGUUUUUCAUUUAAUAUACGCCCUCAUGUAUUGUUGCAACGAAAAGAAAUUUUCUGUUUUCCCGCCACUAAAGGCAGAUGCAACCAUUUAGAUAGCUUCUCAACAAUUCUAUCAUUUUAUCUCGAGCAUGCUAAGUGAAUCUCAAAUAAUUAUGAUUUUGGUAUGAGUAGAAGA